AUGCCUCGCUCACUAUUCCAGCCAUACAGGUCACAGGUGACAGGGCUUCUUGAGGAGUUUGACCGUUACUCUUCCCUGGCCAAACUCAUGUCCAUCUACCAUGCAACUAACAGGACCAUCUUCAACUGGACAGAGAGCCGCAUUGUUGAGUGGGAGAAAUUUGCUGAGCUGGCUAAAUAUGAGCCAGAAUCCCAGAAACCAACAGUGAAAGCACUCCUGAUUGUGGCGUACUCAGUCAUUAUCAUCACGUCUCUCUUUGGGAACAUGCUGGUGUGCCACGUGGUGCUGAAGAACAAGAGGAUGCACUCAGCCACCAGCCUCUUCAUCGUCAACCUGGCAGUGUCAGACAUCAUGAUCACGCUGCUCAACACACCUUUCACCUUGGUCCGGUUUGUGAACAGCACAUGGAUUUUUGGAAAGGCCAUGUGCCACGUCAGCCGCUUUGUGCAGUACUGCUCCCUCCACGUCUCCACGCUGACCCUGACGGCCAUCGCUCUCGACAGGCACCAGGUCAUCCUGCACCCACUGAAGCAGAGGAUGUCCCUGACAAAGGGGGUUCUGAGCAUCUCUCUUAUCUGGCUGAUGGCAACCUGUUUCUCCCUGCCCCAUGCCAUCUAUCAAAAGCUCUUCCAGUAUAACUACAGGGAAGCCACUGUCCGGAGUCUGUGCCUCCCUGAUUUCCCCGAGCCCACAGAGCUGGUCUGGAAGUAUCUGGACCUGUCUACCUUUCUCCUUCUUUACCUCCUGCCUCUGCUGAUCAUCACUGUCACCUACAUGCGUCUGGCCAAGAAGCUGUGGCUCCGCAACGCCAUCGGGGACAUCACCAUGCAGCAGUACGUCACCCACCACAGGAACAAGAAGAAGAGCAUCAAGAUGCUGAUGCUGGUGGUGGUGGUCUUUGCAGUCUGCUGGUUCCCCCUGAACUGCUAUGUGGUGCUCAUCUCCAGUCUGGGCAUCAAGACAAAGAACUCGCUCUAUUUCGCCCUGCACUGGUUCGCCAUGAGCAGCACCUGCUACAACCCCUUCAUCUACUGCUGGCUGAACGAGAGCUUCCGCACAGGGCUCCGGUCCCUGCUCUGCAUCUGCCAGAAGGUGCCACAGGCUCAGGACCAGGCACUGCCACCCAGGGCCGUGUCCCGCCACGAGGCGUGGUUGGAGCAGGCCAGGUGCAGGAAGGGACCUGCCUCCCAGGCCAGCUGCUCCCCUGGGAACCUCCCAGUGGCCAACACGGACCUGUGAGCCACGGGGCUGAGGGGAGUUACCUGGUUGUGGGUGGCAUCAAAGGGCAUUUCCCAGUCCCUCCUCAGGAGCCAGCAUUGCUGCUCUGCUGUUUUGCUGCUGACUUUUGGCUUGUCUUACUGUAGCCCUUCCUCUGCUUGGCCUAGUGGGCAUACAGCCUCUCCAGAACUCCACCAGUAAAACCCAUGUGGCAGCUGGCCCAGGGGGCAGGAAUAAGUGCAGGGGACAUGGAGCUUCUCAGACAUGGUGAUCUGCUUUCAGGUUUUCCCAUUUAUUGCUAUCAGAGGGAGUGGACCCGGGUUUCUGUCACGGGUCCCUGACACGUGCCAUAAUGUGGGGCUUUGCACAGCAGCAGAAACAAAUCCGUGAUGACAAGUGCUUGAAGGAAGGACUUGGACAUGCAGAUGAACUCCAUUCACAGGGAGCCUCACCAGUUAGUGAAUAGCAAAGCCUCCAGCAGAGUGAGAAGGAAAAGGACAGAAAGGAGUGGGGUCCUUGCUUCAGGCCACUUGACCCCAGUUGGACACCUUGGGUUUGCACUGCAAUGCCUGCACCGGAAGAAAACUGCAGAACAUGAGGAGUGGCAGCAGGAAUGAGUGAAUACUUGCUUCCUGAGGCACUUUACUUGGAGCUCACAAUUACUGAACAUGGGAAUUCAAAGCUGUCUGUGCUGGGUGCCAGUGCUGUCCUCCCUCAGUGUACAGAAGGAUUUGUUUUCCGUCAAAAAACAUCAUUGUGAGUUUCUCAAAAUGUUAAAAUCAUGUCUAAUUAAUAAGCAUAGACUCAUUUAAUUAUUAAGCAAAGCUAUAAUUUGGUUUUUUUGCUGUUCCUCGUUCCUCACUAACUUUUGGUGAGCAGGUCUCAAACUGCUAUGCAUUGCCUUUAAUAUUUCUUAAAUUUGUUUUCCUUUCUUUCUUUAAAUGGCUGAAUAAUCUUUUUCUGGAGGAAUCCAUGCCCGUACUCCAAAGAAGGGGUCUCUCCACACUCCCUUGAUCUUCUGCUAAUCCCUGUUGUUAGCUACCUCUCCCUGUCAGAAAUAACCUGGCUGGUUUUCCUUGGAUCUAUCAAUCGCAGCAUCUCCCCACUGCUGAAUUUUUCUCCCCUAAAUGGGCAGGAUGUAAGAGCUGACUGUAUCGAAUCUCCGUAAUGGCUCAGCUAUCUGGACUGAUAAUUAUCAAUGCCUGAGAGAUUCAGAGCCUCGCACGCUUCGCCCAAUGUCUCAAGGCUCCUGUAUCACUUGAGGAUGCCCUGACUGCCAGCAGCUCUCAGGCAAACAUUGAAUGCACAAUACAUAUACAUAUAUAAAAAAGUAUAACCUGAACGUCCUGUG